UCAUUUAUCUGAGUGCCUAGGUGGAGCCACUGGCAUUGCAGCAAUUUAACUGUGCUCAGAAAGGGAUGGGAAAAAAUCCUGAUGUCUGCAUAGACAAGAAGGAGUUAAUGCUUGUCGAGCAUUAUUCUUAUACAAAUUAAGUCCAGAGCACAGCAGCAGCCUCACCAGCAGGAGCAGAUGCUAGGCAGUGAUGCAACCUGUGUUAUUUACUUAGGCCUCUGUAGUGACCUCAGUGGCUUGCAGACAAAGGACACACAUAUCUGGAGGAACGUUUAGAAGCCAUGAUGCGUCGGUCCCUCGAACGCAGCCAGCAGCUGGAACAGAAGCAGAAGCGAUGGUCGUGGGGAGGAGCACUGGCUGCAGGCUCAGGAGGCAGAGAUGGUGAAUCAGAAAAUACCCCACCCCCUGUUCUAGGUUUAGCUGCCAACACCCUUCCUCCAGACCCUGUGACCUCUACUGCUCCUGCUGAUUCCUUCAAUGCAUGUGACAAACUUUCAGCUUCUACAAUGAAUCUGCCAAAGCAAAUGGAAUCUCCAAUCAGUAAGCGUCUCUCCUCCUCCACCGCGGCCAUAACACAUUCCCCCGACAGAGCUCACCGCAUGCAUCUUAGUCCAAUGGAAAACUUUCUUGUUUCUCGACUGCUGACUCCCACACAGUCAUCUUUAGCCAGAAGCAGGAGUACAUUAAUGCUUUCUGAGCAGUACAAUACUCCAGUAUUCCAUAUCUGUCCUCGUGUAGCACCAGCUAGUCCUCUUAAAUCUCCCUACAAGCCUUCCCCCACCCGAAGCACUGACAGGAAGAAGGCAACUUCACCCUCCACUUCCAAUGCCAUGAAAGGGGCACCUGCAGCUGAAGUUACUCAGACUGAGAAGAUAAAGAAAGAGAAGCGACCUGCAACACCUGGUUCAUCAUCUGGUAUGGGAUCUCCUCUAAGAAGGUCUGAUUCUCCUGCUGCCAUGUCCAGAAGAUCUGCAUCACCUGCAACACCUAAGACAGCUGCAAAGACUUAUCCUCAGUCUCCUAAAAACACCAAACAGUAUCCAGCUUCUCCUGUGAAGCAUCGUGCCACUUCUAAUCUCAACCAGGAAACUCCUAAAAAGAAAGCAGACAAGGAGAAAGAAAAUGUCAGUCAACAAAAGUCCCCAGGAGCACGCACUGAUGAGGCAGGCCAGGUGGCUCCUGAGAAGCAUGUGCCUUCUGUUGGAAAGACUGAGAAUAGUGAAGGGAAGAUCACAGCAGGAACAACUGAUGCAGAAGAAGCCUCAAAGAUUCUAGCUGAGAAAAGGCGACAGGCUCGCCUGCAAAAGGAACAAGAAGAAAGGGAAAGACAGGAAAGAGAAGAACGGGAGAGGCUUGAAAGAGAAGAACAGAAAAGAAAGGCAGAAGAAGAAAGACUUCGUCUGGAAGAAGAAGCUCGUAAGAAGGAGGAGGAAAGAAAACGUGAAGAAGAAGCAGCUAGAAAAAAGGCAGAAGAGGAAGCCAGGAGAAGAGCUGAGGAAGAGCAAAUGCUAAAGGAAAAGCAAGAAAAAGAGCUCCAGGCCAAACUUGAGAAACAGAAGGAAGAAGCAGAAAUGAAAGCCCGUGAGGCAGCUGAACAGCUUCGGCUUGAAAGGGAACAAAUCAUGCAGCAAAUUGAGCAAGAAAGACUGGAGCGGAAGAAGAGAAUAGAUGAAAUAAUGAAGAGAACAAGGAAGAGUGAAACACCAGAAAUAAAGAAGGAAGAGCCAAAACUGGAGAUACCAUCAACCUUGAAUGUGGAAAAGCAACCAAAGGCCCUUGUGCUCAACCAGCCAGAGAUCAAUGGAUUGGCAACCUGCCUGAAAAAUAAAAGCUUAGAAAGUGCUGCCUCUGUAAUCCCUUCCCAAGAUGUAGUUGCUAAUGGACUAAAGUCAGUUUCAGGACUUAUUCAGCUGGAAACUGUUGAUGGGAAAUCUAACAGCAUGGAAGAUUCAACAGAUGAGGUUCAGUCCAUGGAUGUGAGCCCAGUUUCAAAAGAAGAGCUUAUCUCUAUCCCUGAAUAUUCACCCAUGAAUGAACUCAUGCCUGGUGUUUCUUUGGACCAAAAUGGGACAAGUAAUGCCAAGGCUCUUGAAGACCUCUUGGAUUUCACAGGCCAAGCUACCUACUCCAAGAUGUCCAGUGAUACCAUUAGCCUAGAUGACUGUAACAAAAACUUGAUUGAAGGAUUUAACAGUCCAGGACAGGAAAAUACACUUAAUUCUAUCUGUUGACAGCCUUGCUUUUCAGCAGAACAGAUACAGAGGUAACAAUUUGUGGAGGAUAUAUAUCCCUGUGAUGCUACUGGCAUUAAAAUAUGAGCUUGUCACUUGAAAAAGCUUCUGCAGUCCUUGAACACUGGAUUUUCAAUAAUCAGAGCUGAAUAUAACCUGUCUUCCCAGGGAAUAUGUUGAAUAACUGACUGCUUUUGGUAGAAACCAAUGAUCUAGAGCCUUGAUGCUUUCAGGGAAGAUGGAGUGUGCAUUAGAAUUUGAGCUUUAGCUGCUAAUAAAGCACUUAAUUCUUCUUUUAAUUUAAAAUUCAUCUCAACACUUCACUGUGAUUUUUACCUGUGCAUUUGAUUUUGAAAUAAUUAUUCCCUAAGCUUUAUCACACAUCAUUAAGACAUCUUUUUCUUGUAAAUAAUGAUGGGGUUUGCCUACAGUGCAUUGAAACAAAAUAAUAUACUGUACUUUAGUUUUGUGCCUAUCUUUUUUUGUCUUUAAUAAGAAGUUACUGGCAACUCUUUUGAGGUGUAUAAUUCAAAACUGUAGCUGAAAAGGCUUGAAAAAAAU